AUGGAGACGAGACAGGCUGGAAGGAAACGGUGCAACAGCUCCAUCUCCAAUUCGCGAAACACAUCGCCUGUCUCUCACCGGACCAGACAGAGUACAGCAGCACUGGACAGUGCGGCUACACAGCCCGCUGCCACGCCCAAACGAUCUAGGAAACGAGUCAGAUUCUCCGACCCCGGCCCACAACUGCAUGAGACCGGCCUCGGAUGCACGGGGUUGACUCCUGCCAUGAAACGCACCUGUUUCAGCGACAGACUUAAGAGACCCGGCACUCCUAGUCGUAAGUCAAGACGUCAGUCAGCUCCGAUUCCGGGACCCCGGCGGGAUUUCGAUGCAAUCGAACCAUUUGAAGAUGAAUCUUCUGAGCGAGUGGUGCAGUUUACACCUCUUCGUCAAAUUCUCGACAUGCGUACUAAGCGGAGGAUCCGCCGCAUCGGUCUCAGUGACGAGAUCAACCAUAUCCAACGCGAGAAGCGAGAGCAUGCUUCAUUUGAGAAGACCCUGGCAACUCUACUCCAGGAGCGAGACGCCCUGCAGGAGGAGUUGAGAUCCGUGAAGCGCCGCUCCGGACAGUCAGACCAACCACCCCCAUAUGACUCAUUUUGGAGAUCAUUUCAAGGCAAUGCUCAGCAAAUGGAAGAGCAAACUACAUUGAUCCACGACGGAGCCUCGGUUGCCUCGAGUGGCAAUCUGGAUGAUCCAACUCUUCUUCAGACUGAUGGAGACACGUUCAUGCUGAAUGAGAGCGCUCUGAUCACAUCGGACUCCCCUAUAUUCAGACAUGCGAACCUUCGUCAUUCGCCUGUUCCAGAGGGUCUGAGCCUACUGGAGCAAAUGAGCAAUGAUGUCUCAACGCAGACUGAGAGACCAGAUGAAGCAGAGCACUAUGAUGUUCAUAAUUUGGCGCACGAUUUGCAAGCAGCCAGAAGCGAAAAACACGAGCUGUUUAACGUGUGUCGCUCGCAAAUGUCUGUCUUUGAGAACUCCGAGAUUGGCGAUAUGCUUCGCCAAACAACCCCGCCACCAGACUUCCUGGAGAAUGUCAUUUCAACGCUAACAACUGCCCUUGCACGAGCCUCAGAUGCUACAGAGACCCUCGAGGGCAUUAGCGAGCAAUGUUCAAGCCUGGGCUUCUCAGGGGCCAGAGCAGAUGAUGUACUAUCAGAAAUGAGGGAACACUUCCGUGCAGCAAGACUUGAACUGGAGCGUGCUAUUCCCGGAGAGACUGCUGAUGUAGGCCUCGAAGACGGAAAAGCCACCCUUAGUGCGCUGGUGAAGCGAGUGAAGUCCCUGGCAAGAGAACUCAGAGCCGAGCGCAAGUAUCACUUCGGAUCCUUAGGCCGUGAGAAGGCCCUUCGCGGGCAAUUCGAUAACUUGCUACAUCGGUACGAAGCUGCUACUGAUAAGAUCAGCAGUCUCGAGGAAUCCAUCGCAUCAUCUGCAAGUGACAUGCUGCACACUAGAAUGCGAAUGCAAGAUAUGGAGAAUGAGGACCAAGAAAAGACAGUCGGAAUCGACCGAUUAAAUACUGCUCUGGAUAAGUACCAUGACGACAUGAAAAGUCUUGAAGAACUUGUUAGCAAGUUGGAGAGCGAGAAUGCUGCAGCAAAAGAAAAGUAUAUGCAGCAGAUCACAAUACUCAGAAAGCAAAUUGCCAGCGAGCGAAAAGAAAGAUCUGCGAUCGAAAUAUCCGCAUCAGAAUCCGAGGUUCGUAUCCGUCGGCUCGAAGAAACAGUCGAACAAAACCAAAUUCGGGCCUGUGAUCUCACAGCCCAAGUCGAGGCUCUCGAGAAAGAACACACAGAAGCUCUCCGAGCCGUGCAAGACAGGGCAGACCAGCGCGCACAGCAACAGGAGCAAGACAUUGGUAUACUGAAUGUUCGCAUCUCGGAUCUUACCACUUCGCUCGACACCGCCAGGUCUGAAGCCCAGCGUCUUCAACGACUGAACGCGAGCUUGAAAGUCCAACUCCGAAUGGAGAUGGAUGCUCGUGAUGAGCUUAUGGACAAGUGGGCCGCCGAGCAAGCCCGCUCCUUUGCUCUUAUGAAAGAGACUGUCAGUUCCGAGCGCCGGAAAGCGAAAGUCCGAGCAGCAAACUGGGAGCUGAAAUCAGAAGAUCUCAUGUCCGAUGGAACGACCGUCAACGGCAGUGAUCCUAUUACGCCUGUUAGCAUGACGCGGUUUGUUGAUGUGGAGUGUGGCCGUGGUAAAGACCGCCGGCGCAUGGACAGUGGUGUAGGAAUACUCACUGAGGACCUUCUAGAAUCGGAAGCAAUGUCGGAUCUUUACCAAGGACUCAACUCUGAGCCUGAUUUGCCUGCUCUUUAA